GAGACACACAGAGGUGUGUAGUAAACAGCUCAUUACCAGCGCAGUUUUCUUCAGUAAACAUCCCUUGGAGAUAAAUCGGCCAACUCUUGUUUUACGCUUUCACGAAGUAUGAUGAUAUGAUACGUGAUGACGUGGAUGUAUUUUUGCCUUGUUGGGGCGAGUUGACCGUUUCGAGUAACGACUACUGGAAAAAGUGGAUGUUGUACAUUUGAAUUUGAUGUGAAUUAAAGGUUUUAACGAGAGCGAGAGCUGUGGGGAGAGGAAGAGAGCGAGCCGCUUCGGUUAAAAAGUACACGGACAUUGAGCUCUCCAUACGGGAGUCGGUAUGCUGUCCGGACGCGCAGCGGGCGGAGAGGAGCUCGGAACCGAGUCGUUAAAACAGUAUGUUACGGGAAUGACGCUGGAUCUUUACGCCUCUUCCAUUCCACCGAGCGCAUGAAGAGCAGGGAGAGAUGGCUAUUUGAAGUAUUUGCUUUAUUUCGGGUAUGGAUAAAAUCAUGUUUGAUAAGGUCUCUGGACCCAAAUGUCGCAUCUUCCGGAAGCAGCUUGUGCUGGGGCCCAUCAGCACUUGACAGCAGGCUGGGAGUUGGCCAGUGUGGCUCUGUGCUUCAGCACACUCUCAGUCUCAUGCUGCUUGGGCCCAACACUGAAUGGCUUAAGUGAGAAAACCCAUGCACUCCAAUGAGACCACCUCUCCAGAGAUGGACUAGAAAUUAUCAUUGGAUUACUCCUUAAAUUCCUGGUUUAUCUGUGAACUGCACAUUCUGAUAAUCUUUCAGAGGACAUCAUUUUGCUGGAUUUGUGAAAAUUUCAUUUUACUCCCUGAGGUCUUCGAUUUUGUCUUUUCUCGCCAUUUCCUUUCCCUCCCUCUCUUUUUCAUUAUGGAGUUUCAAGCUGGAUUUUGGAGUAAUGAUUGGACUUCAUUUCUUCGCUUUUGGUUGACAGUGUUGUUGAGCUUGCAUGUGCAGAUCAGCCCUGUCUCCUCCUGUCCUGAGGAGUGCCGCUGCGAUAAAACAUUUGUUUAUUGUAAUGAGAGGAGCCUAACAUCUGUGCCUCUAGGGGUGCAAGAGGGAUAUAAGACCCUCUUCCUCCACAACAACCAGAUCAACAAUGCUGGUUUUCCGGUGGAGCUACACAGUGUUGCCUCUGUAGAUACUGUUCACCUCUAUGGGAACCAGCUGGAUGAAUUUCCCCUUAACCUUCCCAGGAAUGUUCGAGUGCUACACCUCCAGGAAAACAACAUCCAGACUAUCUCCAGGGCUGCACUAGCCCAGCUACACAUGCUGGAGGAACUCCACCUGGAUGACAACUCCAUCUCCACUGUAGGAGUAGAGGAGGGGGCUUUCAGUGAGGCUGUCAGCCUCAAGCUUCUUUUCCUCACCAAAAACCACCUGAGCAGCAUUCCUAUCGGAUUACCGGCAGAUCUCAAGGAGCUGCGAUUGGAUGAGAAUCGCAUUGCCGUCAUUGACGAGGAUGCCUUCCAGAAUGUCACCACCCUGCAGCGACUGUUGCUGGAUGGGAACCUUCUGGAGGAUGAGGCCAUAGCUCCUGGGACCUUCCAUGAUCUGGUGAACCUCAGAGAGCUGUCCCUGGCACGCAACUCACUCACCACUCCACCACCAUUGCUCCCUGAUGCAUCCCUGACCAAACUCAACCUGCAGGAGAAUCAGAUUGAUAACAUUGAAGUGACAGCCUUUUCUGGGCUCAGCAAACUGGAGAGAUUGGAUAUCUCCAGCAACCAGCUUCAAUUUCUUUCACCGGGUGUCUUUGACGGUUUGAGAAACCUUAGGUCCCUUAAUGUGAGGAACAACCUCUGGCGAUGUGAUUGCAGCAUUAAGUGGGUCAUUGCAUGGCUCAGGUCUCUGCCAUCUGCGAUAAAUGUCCGUGGAUUCACAUGCCAUAGUCCGGAGCGGGUGCGUGGCAUGGUAAUUCGAGAACUCACCUUAGAUGCCAUUGACUGCCCUGUGGGCACAGUGUUGCAUCCCUGGCCAACCCAUUCAUACCCAUCCACAUUUACACCUCGUAAAACCACCACCAUCACCACUACCAUCCCCAGAACCACCCACUUCACCACCAUUUCAUCCACUGCUUUUUACUCCCCCUCAGCCAACCCCACACCCCCAGUGCCACAUUUCCCUCCCGGGCCCCUACCUCCCUAUGAAGACCCCUUGAAAAUCUCCUUUCAUGUUGUUAAUUCUACCUGCAUUGACAUGAGUUGGGAAUCUUACUUUACUGUGAUGGCUUACAAAGUGACAUGGGUCAAGAUGGGUCAGAAAUUAAUGAGUGACAUCACUCGAGAAAGAACCGUCCCAGGAUACCAGCGAAGGCUCAGCCUGACGAAUUUGGAGCCCAGGUCUCUCUAUCGCAUUUGUGUGUAUGUUCUGGAUACUCUUAACACUUACAGACCAGGGGAGGAUACUAUCUGUUCCGAGGCUAAGACCAAGUCCAUAUCCACAUACUCUGAAUCGGAGCAGGCUGCCCAGCAAGACAACACCUCUACACUCUUAUUGGCUGGAGUGAUAGGUGGGGCAGUGUUGGUGGUCUUAGUGACACUUCUGAGUUUGUUUUGCUGGCACAUGCACAAGAAAAGCAGGUCAUCGUCAUCCAAAUGGAAAUAUAAUCGUGGCAGGAGAAAAGAUGACUACUGUGAGGCUGGCACCAAAAAAGAUAACUCCAUCCUAGAAAUGACUGAAACGAGCUUUCAGAUAGUGUCGCUUAACAACGAGCAGCUUUUAAAGGGGGACUUCAGAAUUCAGCCCAUCUACACACCUAAUGGAGGAAUUGGCCUCAGAGAUUGUCACCUUAGUAACAAUAGCAUAGGUUACUGCAAGAGCAGUAACAUUCCCAGUGUGGACUUCUGCCACACAUGAUGCUCUUUAAUGGAUGCUACAACUAUUUGUUGAAUGAAAAAUUUAGUUCAGUAUACUGUACAAUACAAACACACACACACACACACACACACACACACACACACACAUAUAUAUAUAUUUCCAGGUGCAGUUAACAUGGUAAUUUAUACUGUGGACAAGUAUGUGGAAUUCUGCUAUAUUUUCUAUUCUUAGUAAAUAUGAAAUGGUUUUGUAAUUUGUUAGGCUCAAAGUGCUUUGGCUUAAGGACGCUGCAGUUAUUUUAUAUAAUCAAAUAAUGCUGGCUACCUGCUGCAUAUGCAGUGCACAGGCUUGCCUCAUGACCACUUUCAGAUCCUGAAUAUUUUGCCAACCACAGAACCAAAAUAUGCCCUUUGUGCUGAAAUACGGCUACCCUUUCACACAACAGUAGUUAAGAUAACAGUGGUCAGGAAAUCCAAAUACAGCUGAUUAAGCUGCAGUAGAAAAAAACAAUCUGAGUUUUCAUUCUUUUAAAUUUUUUAAUUGAAGUGCAAUUUCUUAAUGCAGCAGAGAGCAUGAGCAGUCAUUCAGUAAAUGAGCUUUUGUGGAAAUCACAUUUGAAGGGAAAAGGGACCACUCUUCAACACCCUGCAGUUUCUCACAGGGAGAGGCCAACAACAAUAAAUGCGAUAGGGAGAUGACCAGAAGGGUUCCUGUGCAAGCGUUUUCCAUGGCAUGUAUAUGUAUAUGUAUGUAUGUGUAUAUAUAUAUAUAUAUAUAUAUAUAUAUAUAUAACUUUUUGUCCAUCAGGGGGCAGCUUGUUUCAGCCCAUACAGCAGAAUUCAUAGCACUUUAAUAUUAUUCAUUUUCAUGGUUUUUCUCCUGCUAAUUUACAACCCAAACAUAAAUUGCUAAUAAGAGGUAAUGUAAUUAGGUAAAUCCCAGUGGUAAACAAGUAAUAUCCUGUUAGAGCUCUUUAACCUCCAUAUAGUUUUUUGGUUUUUUUAAAAAUUUUUUUUGCUUUAAUUAUGAUUCAUUAAACACACGGUGAUGAAAAAACAACAGCUUUAACUCUUCUGUUUUGUUUGGCAUCAAAAAGACCCAGUAGAGUACAGUAAAUAUACAGCGUACCUGCAUUUGAUUAUAUACAUAAAUAUUACCAUAGGCUUGUUUUUUACACUAAACAAGCUUUUUCAAAUAGCUUUUCAUCUGGAAAGAUUGCCACCAGAAAUUCUCUACUGUACAUUUUUAGUAAAAAAGAUAAUAUGUAUCUGUUGAAACAAAUACAGAAUCAUGUUUUAUUAUUAUUAUUAUUAUUAUAAAAAAAAAAAUCAGACUAUAAAUGUCUGUCUGGCAGACAAAUAAAUAAAUAAAAAUUUAAAUUCGAGAAAAUCCCAUAGACUUCUUUUUAAAUUAAAUAUAGGUAUCAGGAUGGCAUAGAGACUUUAGGAUGGUCUUUGUUGACUUGGACCGUCUAGCAACCAUUUAGUAAUGCCCUAGCAGUGGCCUUGUAAUUACCCAACAUUGGAUACAUAUUAACAAGCAUGAUUAAAAUUAUAUAUAUUAAACUUAUUCAUUUUUGUGGAAUAUCUAAAGCCAUUUUGACCUAAAAACACUUUUAACACUUAAAAGGGUCAAAAUGACCCGAACAUAACAGGAGGGUACAGUCUGUGUAUUUCCUUUUUAUAUAUUCUAAUUGCUCUUUUAAAAUAUUUUCUGUGAUUUACAAAUUAGGCCAGGACAUUACAUAGAGCUCUCUGACCAUGCUCUGAAAUGAAUGUUUUCAGGAACCUUAUAUAGUGACAGUAUGUCCUGGACAUCAAAUCAGGAGGGAUGAUGAAUGGCUGAUUUAAACAAAAGCCGUUUUUUCACAGAGAAGAACUGGCACAUGCCUGGUUUUGUCUUUGAAAGAGUUUCAGAUCCUUGCAUGAGUGCAAUUAGGACUAUUUUUUUAAUGGCGAAUCAGUUUUCCAGGACAGAGAUCUGAGUUUGGAAUGCAAGCUUGCUGUGGAGAAGUAUUUAUCAUGCACUGGUACUCAUCGACAUUAUUUGCUUUGACAACAUUUUAUUUUGUGGGUCGAGUUCAAACCCCCACUUUAUAAUCCCUGGUCCAAGAAAGGGAGAAAAUAUGCAGAGGUUAUUUUCGCUUGGCAGGAGGAUUCGGGUUGGAAAGGGGGGUCCUAAUUAACAGUUAACCCUUCAUUGCUCUCUGGUUUGGCACUAAAAUUAGACUAGAUGGCUGGAUACUUGUUUACAUCCAAAAAGCUCUUGCCAUUACAUGACAUCAAAUGGGAUAUUUAGUUUGUAUGACUAACAUGUCUGUAUUUGAAUAGUACAUUGAUGAGCUUGAAGCUUGCACAGGUUACAAAAGUGUUGUUUCCGUGGCACAAAUAAAAUGCUCUCUAAAAAGAAAAAAAGAAAAAGAGGGCUACUGCACUUCUCUGGGCAUGAAAGUAUUUCUCCAACAUGCUGUUCCGACCACCCCGUCCUUGCUUUCCUUGAAAUCUGGAACAUCCUUGGGAUCCAUUUCUCAACUGAAGGCUUUUAACUGAUUUUGUAUUCACUUGGCAAUUCAUUUCAAAUCCUGUGGCCACCCGUAAGUCUUUUUAACAGACUUCCUCCACACAGUCUGAAGUCCAGUGUGGUUUUCAAGCUCAGGUUCCCCAAGAGGAGGUGGUUGUGGUGGCGAAGACCCGAAUAAAUAGCUGUGAAGUUAACCCAUUAGUGAGAUAAAUCUUUACCGAUCCUCUCAUAUGCCACGUUACACUACAUCAUUCCCUCUUCUGAUGUCCUCAGAGCUUGUGUAGAGGGUGUUUUUGCUGGGCUGUCACCAAAACCAGAAAUGUUUCAUACUACACAUGAACAGUUUUAUCUGUUGCCUUACUGUAAUUUAGCAGUAUAUCUUAAUCUGGUUCAGUUGAAGGAUUGGACAUCACUUAAACAGAGAUCUGUGGAUUACAGAAAUAGUCAACAAUUGUGAAGUCAGGGUUGAAUGCAAAGCACAUGUUUUGAAAGGCGAUUGCAAACGACAUAUUGACAGACAUCAAUAGAUGACAUUGCUAAGAAGCCAAGAUCUGUCCUCCAGACAAGAAUGGCAUGUUAUGAUUCAGUGUGACUCAUUGCCUCGCUCGUGUGGCUUACAUUGUUCUUUAUUUUCUAUGGAUGAGCUGAAAAUCACAGUAGCAGCCCUGUAGUCAGAUGGAUGUAUUACACAAAAGGGACUGAGAGCAGUGGCUUGUGUCCGUAAUCCUACCCAACAGUCAAUCCGUUUCUUUGAAAAAGCACAUUGAUUUGGUUUGGAAUAAUUACUCUAAAUGACUGUGAGGUCAGUCUGAAAAAAGCACUACCACAAAUGUGGCUGAAUAUGUCUCGGAUCUGUGUGUGUCCAUUUCAUUAUUUUAUUUUUUCAAAAGUUGUUCGCCUGUGUGAUGUGGUAAUCUAUAAUUAAACCUUAUUUAAUACAGAUCUCAAUUUAUUGGUUGACAUAAUGGUGUUACAUUAGGAAAAAGCUACAUUUAGCUGAUAUAUGUUAAUGAAUGGAUUGUUCAAAACCUUACCAAAUUGCUUGGUGAGUGACUGUUCAUUCAAAUGGCAACCUGAAAACCACAACACAUUGAAUAAAAUUCAUGUGUUUUAAUAUUCUGGGUGUGUUUUCUUCAGAAUGAGAAUGGGAAGUGAUUUUACACUCUCAUGCUACAGUUUGUUGGUCAGCAGACUGGGUUUUGCAGUAGAAUCUGUUGGGAACCAAAGUAACUUUUAAUUGCUACAUUUAAUUGUCUUCUGUUUGUUUCCACUACUAAAUUGUUGGUGUUGUCCCAUGUAUGUGCCUUGAAAUUAACUUACAAUGUAAAGUCCUUGUUUUUGCACAAGUUGUAAAUAGAGAAA